CGAAAUUCCGAAUUCGUCUCCUCUCGUCCUGAACUUAGCAUUUAGCAACAAAGUGAAACAAAUUUAUUUUUUAUAUUUGUUGUUUUUCAACUAAUCGAGUUGGAGAGGAAGACUGAAUUAUGAACGAAAACAAUAUGGGCUUUCGUGCAUUUCUUUUAGUGGCUGAGAUAUUGUUGUGCCUCGUGGCUGUGGCCAUAGCUGUGCCCCUGCCCGAACCCGAGGCCGACCCUUCCCUGCUGCUGCCCCAUGGGCAUCACUACCCUCUGUACAGCCCUUUCAUCAACGCCAUCAAGGAUGACACCGGCGUCUACACCUACCCUAACGGACUCCUGGCUCCUGAGAGCAGAUAUCCCUUUGCUUACGGGUAUCAAGGAUACCCUGCCGGUUACCCUUACCCGCUAUACCCAUAUGGGGUCAAGCCCGCCAGUGAGAAGUGAGGGAAUGGAGAGGUCAAAGGUCGGAAUUCCAAACUCUACGAGGACGUCAGAUUUUUCUAUUUUGAUAUAAAGAUGUCACACGUCUAUGUUUCAUCUUGUAUUUAAUAAAUCUUUUUUAAUA